AUGGGGAUGAGUCCUCUUACUCUGUCAAUCACCUUCAGCUGUCAAAAGAUAUGCUAUGGUGACUCAGCACAUCCCUGCUACAAGAUUGCCUAUUUUCAAGACAUGUCUCGGCGUGUGGGUUUUCAAGAGGCUCGCCAAGCUUGUGAAAUGGGAGGUGGAGUACUUCUCAGUCUUGAAAGUGAAACAGAACAGAAACUGAUAGAAAGUAUGCUGCAGAAUCUCACAAAAUCAGGUCCUGGGAUUUCUGAUGGAGACUUCUGGAUUGGUCUAUGGAGACAGGGACAAACUACGUCUAGUGCCUGCCCUGAUCUUUACAAAUGGACAGAUGGAAGCAGUUCUCUCUUCAGAAAUUGGUAUACUGAUGAGCCUUCCUGUGGGAGUGAAGCUUGUGUUGUGAUGUAUCAUCAGCCAUCUGCAAAUCCAGGUUUAGGAGGGCCUUAUCUUUAUCAAUGGAAUGACGACAGAUGUAAUAUGAAGCACAAUUUCAUCUGCAAGUAUAAGUCAGAAGAUAUCCUAGAAAAAAAAUCAGGAGACAGAACAGAUCCACAUCAUGAAGUUCAAGCAACAGUGCCAGCCGUGAAGCCUAAUGAUUCAAGCAAGUCAGAAGAUGAUUUUCCAUUGGUCGUUACUGAAACUGGUGGUCUAAUUCCUAAUUUAAUUUACGUUGUUAUACCAACCAUACCACUGUUGUUGUUGAUAUUAGUGGCUUUUGGGACUUGCUGUUUCCAGAUGAUUCAUAAAAGUAAAGGAAGAACAAAAACCAGUCCUGAUCAGUCAACACUGUGGAUUUCUAAGAACCCAAGAAAGGACAGUAACCUGGAAGUAUAGAGAACUGGCUGAAAAUAAAGAGGAAUGAUACUUUUCAGGAUCUCUUAAAUUUGUCUUGUCAAACAUUAGUUCGGAAUGGCUUGAAAUUGCAACUGAUCAACAGAAUGAAGUGGAAGCUUCCCCUUGAGGCAAUUGCUUGGAUUAAUUUUUUUAAUACAUGGUGUUUGGUUUUUAAUCCCAUAGCAAACAUAGCUGUCUAAAAGAAAGUAAGAAUAUGAUUAUUUUGCUAAGGAAAGUAAUUUGGCUACAGCUACUAAUGAGAUGGACAGAACAUUUUGAAUUCAUUCUAUGUAUAUUUGUAGAACAAAUAUUUCUCAUUUAACGUUUAACAUUUAUUGCUAUUAUUAAUUACAAUAUAUAGUAUUGUAUUAUUUCUCACUAAUGGAUGGACUGUAAUUCCAGCUAAUAUUAAUUUACAAUGUAAUAAGAUAAUUUAUCUUUGCAUAAAAAAGCUACACUAGAACAUGAGUUAUUAUAAUCUCAUAUACGUAAAAAUAUUUAUCAGUGUUAUUCCUUUGAGUGAUGA